GCAAUGUUUGCAAGAAAUUAUGUUUUCGGAGUUGUGCACCGGUAAUACCGGGCUUAAAUUGAAACAAAAAGGCAGUGCAGCAUGGCAGUCAGUAGAUUAAGAGCAAUAGUAGCAAAGCAGGUCUCUGUGGCAAUAGGUUUAAGAGAAGAGCAAGUUCUACCACUUAUCUAUUUACCUCCUGUGUCCAAGAAAAGAUGUGGUGGUGAAUUAAGUUUACCUAUUAAAUCACUGAACCAUCUUCAAAAUCCUGGGAAGAAGCUGUCCAAAACUGAACUCAAAACCUAUGCAAGCGCUGUAGCUAAUAAGAUCACAUGCUCGAAACAUAUAGAAAACAUUGAUGUAGAUACAGCUCAGAUUCACUUUAAGAUUAAUUCAUCAGAAUUUGUCCAGUGUGUCCUUGGUGAUAUCAACUCGUUGGGGACACUGUAUGGAAUUCCAAGAUGUAAUGCACCAAAGAAAGAGGUGGUUAUUGAGUACAGUUCACCAAACAUUGCAAAGCCUUUUCAUGCAGGUCAUCUGAGGUCAACAGUCAUAGGUCACUUUUUAAGAAAUUUACACUCAUUAUUAGGACAUCAUGUGACUAGCAUAAAUUAUCUUGGCGACUGGGGAGUACAAUUUGGUAUUUUAGCAGCAGGACUGAAGAGUUUAAAUAAAAGCUCAUCUAGCUUAUCAACAAGGGAACUCUUUGAUGUAUAUGUAAAAGCUAACCAAGAGGCAGAACUCAACUCGGAGUUCAAAACACAAGCAAGAGAGAUCUUCAAAGACAUGGAAGAUGGAGAUGAUAGCAUCUUACACACUUGGCAAAAGAUUCGUGACCAGAGCAUAAAUGAAUACUCUCAUACAUAUAAGCGUUUGGGAAUUCAUUUUGAUGAAUAUUCCGGAGAAUCUAUGUAUACACGAUCAGCUCAAGAACUUAUUAAUCACCUACACCAGGAAAAGAUUCUUCAAAAAGCCGUCAAUGGAACAGACAUAAUUGACCUUUCACCCAAUAGCACCGUGACAAAUUAUGCCACCCUUACAAGGAGUGAUGGAACAUCGAUGUACAUCACGCGUGACCUUGCUGCUGCAAUUGAUCGAUUCAAGCGUUACCAGUUUGAUAAUAUGUAUUAUGUUGUUGACAAAAGUCAGACUGAUCACUUUUCAAAGUUGUUCCAGACAAUUAGUAAAAUUGGAUAUGAUUGGUCAAAUAGGUGCAAACAUGUUUCGUUUGGACGAGUUCUUGGUAUGAGCACCCGUAAAGGCAAUGUGGUUUUCUUAGAGGAUAUCAUAGAAGAGGCUAAAGCCAAGAUGCUGGAAAAUAUGAGAGCAUCAAAAACAACAAAGAGUUUUGAUAGUAUAGAUGAAGAAGAAAAUGUUGCUGAAACCCUAGGCCUGUCUGCAAUUAUUGUCCAGGAUUUGAAGGCUAGACUCUCAUCAGAUUACACUUUCGAAUGGGACAGGGCCUUUCAAAGCCAGGGUGAUACUGGAGUUUUCCUGCAGUACACCCAUGCAAGACUCAGUAGUAUACACAGAUUGAGUGGUGUCUCAUUGAAUCCAGAAGCUGAUACCAAUCUUCUCCUGGAGGAAGAGGCUAUUAAACUUGUACAUCAUCUUGCUUUGUUUGAGGGUGCUAUUCACACUGCAUACACUGAACUAGAACCAAGGCAUAUAGUUCAUUACUUAUUCAAGCUCUGUCACUUGAUUUCAGCAGCCAACAGAGCGUUACAGGUCAAAGGUGCUCCUAGGGAAAUCUCUGAGGCUAGACUUCUUUUAUUGAAUUACUCUCAGCAAUGUCUUUGUCGUGCUAUGGAAAUUCUUGGCUUACGACCUCUUUACCGGAUGUAGAUUACGCUUGAAGAUAAAGAUAGAAUAACUCAUAACUUGCAGACUAGCUGUGCUGAAUUGCAUGUGCGUGUGGUCCGUGACCACUUUAGCAGCCGUAUACAGGCACUUAGUUCACAUCAUUUCACGAUGACAGGGGCUGAAGUGAACCAUAGCAUCGCAGGAUUCCUUUACUGUUCCCUUUUCAGUACUUUUCUGAGAAGACUUGGUUCUACCAGCCUAGCUCUAGACAAGGAGAGGUUCGUACCAACGCCAAUAAUAUUGGCUGUAGCUGGCGGUGCCCCUGCCUUAUCGCUCUGCCAUUCGACUCGCCAUGAUUAAAUGGAAUCCAAGUAAACGUCUUGAUGAAUAAAGCCUUCGUCUAUUAAGACCAUUUCUGCAGAUGUUGUAGACUAAAACUUCAUCUGAUGCAGUGACGAUCUUAUGUCUUAGUUCUAACCACUUCAGUAGAGGUACAGUAGGCAUCUUUUGAAGAGGUUUGUUUCACUAGUUAAUGCCUUGAUCUAGAUCUAAUCAAAUCACCAUUAUGUCAAGAAUUUCAGAUUUUUGAAAAAGUUGUCACUCUCUAGUGAAACAACAUAUUCCUUAUAUUGGUUUAUAUAUUUUACCAAUUAGUAAUCAAUAAUAGAUUAUUGUGUUAUCUUAUGUUUUAAAAUAAAAGAUGACCUUUAACUGCAUUUAAGGUAAAAACGAAUUGAAGAAAUUUGUUGCCGUUUUAUACAUUAAUGUUCUAAUUUUAAUCCAACAACAAUUUACACUGAUCAAUUUUUUAUUUUAAAAAAUAUGAAAUCUUGUACAAGGAUAUUGACGAUAUGCUGACAAAGAAAAAUCUACAAGGCUGCAAUCACUUUUUUUUUUUUGGUCAUGAAAAAUCUCAACCACAUUUUUUAGGCAUGUAAAAUGGAUAAUAAAGUUAACAAUAUCAAUAGUUUUAAAUCAUUAUAAUUUCCAAUGACAGCGGCUCCCCGUCCCCUUUUGGAACGCAAGAAGAAAAGAAAAAAGAAAGAUAGAAAAAGAAAUAUUGAUCGCCCAAAACGUCUCUGAGUUUAUUUUCUGGCAUCCAGAAAACAACAAUUUUGCAGGAGCAUUCCCCGGACCAUGUAGUGUAGUGGAUUUUCCCCACUUUCGGCACCCCCUUACGGACAUCUCUGGAUCCUCCCUGUACAGUUCUAUACUCGUUCAUCCAUUAUAAAGUUGAAAUCGUUCUAAAUAAUGGACUGUGUUUACAUGUAUUAUUCAUGUACAGUAUUAUUAGAGACCAAAGCUGCUACAGACCCUGGAAACCCCGGUCCCUAAAGUGGUCUUUAAUUGGAGGGAGAUCUGUAUAUUUCUCUGUGUGUGACUAUUAUUGGGUCCUUGGCAAUGCCAACUCGUUGGGAAAAUGUAUAGGAUUUUAAGAUGCAGUUUACUGAAGUAUGAGGUGGUUAUUGAAUACAGAUAGAAUUAUAUUGAUUUUGACAAUAACGUGUUGCGUAAUUGACUUCUUCAGAAAACAAGACAAUGUAUCAAGUUAAUAUGUAGAACAAAUCUAUAAUUUAAAUUUAUCAGACAGUGUUUAUCGACUACCUGCCAAUGUGGUGAAGCGUGUGGGGUUUUUAAAACCACACUUCUAUGCUAUAUUUUUCUUCGUUGCUGAAUCUUGAAGCUAAAGCAUUUCAACUCUUUACAGCAUCUAUUUACCUUAUAUUUUUGACCUUGUAUAAA